AUGAUGGACAGAUUGCUAGUUGAUUGGCCUUAUUUUUGUCAGGAAGCAAUCGCUCUGUCCGAGGAUAUUCGAGCACUAGAAGACGGUGCAGACACACAAAUGCUCACAAGUGGUAUACUUGGAGAAAAUCCACAUUAUCCAAGUAAAGAAACCGAAGACGAAGAUUAUCUUGAUUUGGGCGCAGCGACACUCGAUUUCUAUUCAUCGUUAGUGGAUCUGUUGGCAAAAUGUGCACCAGAUCGAAUGAACAUACAAGUGCAUCCGAGUGAUAUGUUCCCAAUAGAUCGUCACUCGUCAUUGCACUCCCACAAAGUUCAUACUCUUCCUCGAAGCAGCGCUUCGUCAGUGAUCACUUCACAGCCACAAACAGUAUCGCCAUCAUCCUCCUCAACAACAGCGACAAGAAAAACGGUAACAGUUUCGAGAACAACUGCCCGAAAAUGCAGCAAAGCGACGUUGAAAACAUCGCGAAAUCUAUCGAAGACCGCAAGAAAUUCGUCGAGAAUAUCCUCAAAUGCGAAUACGUCGAAACCGACCCGUGCCACCCUCAGACGUCAGCAGUGGUCGAUCAUGCCGAACGAAAACGAGGAAGAUAUUGUGGAUGCAGAUGAAUCGUCCACAUCCGAUUCGUCGGUCUAUGAAUCAUGCGACGACGGAACUUCACAACAGCCUUUUGGUUUCGAUCGGGGCUUUACAAAGACACGGAGGACCUCUGAUUUAUUGCCAGAUCAAACCAGAUUGUCGCUGUCGUCGAUGAUGUCCAAUGUUGGCACUAAUGUUGUCGCUAAUGUCGUUGAGCGUGCCACUACUAGUGUCCCAGCAACCGGCACUGUUUCUGCACUGGUCAGUGAAAGGGCAUGCUCGACACCACAAACGAAAACAAGCGAUUCUCUUUCGUCAAAUACGGGACCAUUACCAGGCCUAUUACCAAGUCAUAAACAAUCCGUGUUGUUGUUCUUGGAUCGUGUAUAUGGUAUUGAUUCACAGGAAAUGUUCUUUCAUUUCUUAGAGCAGAGUUUUCUGCCAGAUCUGCGGGCUGCCACUAUGAUGGACUCUGUGGACUUUAACGUUUUAUUAUGUGAACAACUUCAGCCUCGAGCAGUGGAAAGUGAUGCAGCGCUGGCGUUGAAUCGUUACCUGUGUAAUGCCGUUUUACCAUUGCUCACACAUCAUUCACAUUUCUUUGCUGACGCUGAACAUCAUGCCGCGUUGCUGGAUGCAACUUUGCAUACCGUGUAUCGUAUGAAUCGUCUUCAGUCACUAACAAAGAAUCAACGUGAUGCGGUCUCAGACUUUCUCGUAGCGAUCACUCGAGAACUACCACCGGUUAUGAUGGUGAAGUUAAUGCGAAAAGUGAUCAUCGACAUUCAAGAAAUGACCGAAAACGUUCUUGUACCACUUAGGUAUCAAUGUCAACGAAGUGUGUUCAUAUUGGAAUUUGNAUGUACGAAAUAUUAUGGAUCUGGGAAUGUGUAUGGUGUAGCAUCGGAAGUGGAGAAACGUCUAUCGAUGCUGUUGUUCGAUGCGAUUUUCGACUCGCUGGGCAGCAAACCAUACGAUCCUGAACUGUUCGGAAAAGCAUUACCUUGCUUGACAGCUAUUGGUUCUGCCAUUUCACCUGACUACUCGCUAACGGUACUUGGCGAGGACGCUGAAAUGGUAAAGGCUCGUAACGAUCGAGGUGUUUGGGUACCGAAACCUAUUGAUGUCACGAAUUUCCAGCUGAACAAUGAUCUGAUCUCGAUGACUGCUCAGUUCGCUGAACACUUUCACGAUUCAUGGUCAACCAGAAAGGUUCAUUCUCGCAUAUUUGAGUUCUUGAAUCGUUGCCUGUCUCGGAAUCAUGCCUUUACGAGCGUUUCCUUUCUCACACACUCACUAAUGAUUGAUCCAUUCGUGGAGGGUUUUGAAGUGCUGUAUGUUUCAAUGCUUUUCAUUGCAGCUAGACAAAGGAUGGCAAUAUGGUGA